UUCUCGGGAAUACGAAGGAUUGAUGUAGUAUUGCGAAAGAAAUUAUUUUUGCGUUAGCUAUUAUUUCGAGACACGGAUGGUAAAUUGGGGAAAUAGAAAAUAUAGCGUCUGUUGACUCGUUGUUGUUAAGUAGUGUUUGCAGAUCUGGAAGGCGAGCAAGAUGAGCGGAAAGAACGGUGGGCAGUCAAACCCCAAACAAAAUGUCCCAAACCCCGGCGGAACUAAUCCCCAACCAGAGCUUAUGGCAACUGGAUUGCAAAAGGAUGAAAUGAAGAUCUCCAACCAAGAAUUAUAUCACAAAGAUCAAGCGGAACAGAAGGUACCAUUACAGAAUGCUAGCCUUCAAGACGAAGAGGCACAGCAGAGGGCACAGGAGCAUAAUCCAAUUGAACGCGGAGGUGACACUGAUCAUACAAAUAUGAUAAUCGAUGCUGAAAACGGCGUUUUAAAUCGGGACAGUCGACCGGACUUGCAUGGUCGUGAAAAUGACCCGAAACCUCCGCAAGGUAGGAUGCCUGAGGGACGUUCUUCGCAUGAUGUCAAUUGCAGGGAACACAACCAUCCAAAAGUAGCAAAAGCUGGACACAUUGGAGACCAAUGGGAAGAUUUUGGUCGUGGCCCUCAACCUCACAAAAAGGAAGUGAUGCAAAUGCAAUUGCAGCGCGCAGCUGAAGCCAGCAAGCAGAUGUUGUAUGGUGUGUACGGGAAUUUCGUGUCUAUAUUAGAAGAAUAUGAGGCAAGAACUCACAAGACGAACGCUGGAAGAUCUAAAAUUCACUUGCCUGACCAAUCAAGAAAAACAGUGGAAGAUGUUCAGAGCAUCGUGCAGACGCAGCUUCUGUUGUUUGAAACCCAGCAAAGGGCGUGUCCAAAGGAGGUAAGCGCGAGUAUCAACAAGGAACUGAGAAAGAAAACGCUUCACUGGGCGGCGGUCAGGCACGAGAAAAAAAUGCCAAUUAACGAAACUGACAAAUACAUAUGUCAACUGUAUGAAGUCUUGGCCAAAGGGAAAACCAAGCAUGAAAUCCUAGAAAAGCCCAGGGAACAUGUCUCUGCCGAAACAAUCAGAGAAAACGUUCAGCAUAUCUUCAAGGGGAAGCACGACGCAAUGGAGGUAGAUCAACAAUUCAAAAACGACGACAAGAAAAAGGCAACAAGCCCAGAAACGCGGCGGUCGGGGCUAGAUGAUGCCUAUCAUUUUGGUGUACUUCGAAUGGCAGAUGCAAGACCCGAACUUGCAGCAAUUCUAACCGACGAUCUAGCGGAAUUCAAGAAAGAGGGUAUCGAAGAUAUGAAAUAACAAGUAUAACGAGUUUAUUCUGCCUCUUUAUUGUGGAACAGGCAAACAAAAACGAAAGCCCCUUUACUUCACUUGUCAAGCGAUUUGUUUUGACAACAGUUGAAUAUUAAUGGUCAUAUUAUACCACAAACUAAUACACUGUUUCAUAAAAUUAUCACAUGAAAAUUAUAUUCUGACAUUGUAAAUAAAUCAAACACAUAAACUAUUAAUAUAAUAAAAUGUUAUGUGUCAUUCUUUUCCUACCGUUUUAUUCAUUGAUCAAAAUUCGGCCAACACAAUAUUUUGGAAAUUGAAAUACAUUUGUAAUUAAACUUGAGAUAUUUGUCGCUUUUUAUAAAAGUCGAUCGCAUAAAUGUUUUGUUUGAUUUUAUGUUGUUGUUUUACGCUUGAGUGUUUGAUUUUAUUUGGAAAAAUCGCAUUUAGGUUAAUCUUAAGUACAUUGUGCUACACAAGUUAUGUAAAUGACAAUUAUUUUGAAAAUAGUAAUAUUUUAAUAGUAUGCUGGCGUGUACUAGUCUAUAAAAAGAUACUUUAUUGAUUUAUUUCAAAAUUAUUACAAAAGUUUAGUGUUUUCCUAUCAAAGUGAUGACGAAACAGAUACAAACUUCGAACAGAUAAGGGUUGCUAUGAUGCAUUCUUAAAACUGGCCACUUACUAUGGAAGUAUUUGCCAUGCCAAUAAUUGUGUCUUUUUUGUUGUAAAGACAAACACAGUUUAAUCAAAUGCCUCGCUUGUGUUAAUAUUAUUUUAAUUUAAUAGAAAAUGUAGAUUUAACUCUUAAGUGGUCGAAUAUACAGAAAAACAUGUAUUUUUUUUUAAUAAUUCAUUGAUUUAAUCAUUUGUUGUGUAAGGUAUUUGUAUGUGUUAUUGUGCUUUUUGUAGUUGAAAUUUAUUCGUAAGAAACUAAAUACAUAAUAUUGUACAGCUCUACAUCAAUAAUCAAUAAUACUUUUUUCGAAUGUUACAUCACGACAGUCCCAUAAUAUAAAGUGGGCUUGCUUUUAGCAGAACGUGGUGUACAUUUGAUUCAUACCGAUUUCAAUCCUGCUCAAACUGUCCCUGGUGACAUUUGUGUUAAUUAUAAUAGUCAUAUUUUAUUGAAAUUUAGCAAAAAUGAGCAAUAAAUCUUCAACGACCAUUUAAUAAAUAUUUAUUUAAAAUAUAAUAUUAUCUAUUAAAUCAAACAUUGUUGACUUGCCCCUUUAAGAAAGGCUAUUGGUUGGUGAUGUCUCUUCAAGACGAACAACCCAUCAGAAUAAGAUUUAUAGAAAAAAGUAAAAGGAAUAGAUAGUUGGAUAUACACAAUUUACUUGUUACUUGUUACUUAUUUGUGAACCGCAAGAGAACACGGGGUCGUCUUUGUAAAAUCGUCAAAAAUACAUUAAAAGCGAUUCAAUUAG